UAACGACAUAUUAAAAUCUUCCAUUUCAUGUUGUUUUUGCAGGAGAAGGAUUGAGGAUGGACGGGAUAACCAGUCACGCCGAGGGCGCUUUUCCCGGCUUACGGAAACCCGUCGUGUCCACCAAAUCCGCUCUAGUCGCGCAGGCGCGGGAGAGACACAGCCACGACAGAAAGAUGGAAGGGUUCUCGAAAGAACAUUCGAACAUCAUGGCGGACCUUCGGAGGGAACAGAAAAAACUCUCCAAAUCUUUAGAGAACCUCUUGACAAGAAAACAGGCUAUCAAAGGAAACAAAGGGGACUCGGAGACACGAAAGUACCUAAGUUGUGAGCAAAACGAUACACACAUACUGCGCGGUCGACUGACAAAAUCGCUGGACACAGCUACAACAAGCAUUGACAACUCUAGAAGGCGCCUGACUAGACAGCUGUCUUGCAGAUCAGAAUCAGGCUCACCGCUUCCUUCCUACGUUACAAGAACACAGUCCUCCUCUGAUGAAGAAAAAGACUUCCUACACCCAUGGAUACGCAGCAACAGUUCUCCUGAUACUCCUAGUUUCACGCUAAGAGCCAGAAAAGGUCUUUCUGGGCGAGAUACUAUCAGCUCUGCAAGCAGUGGACACGGAAGCUUCUCAAGCCCUGAACCUUCUCCACCGCCUAGCCCCAGACGAACCGUUCCAAAACAAUACAGAAAGCUCGGCCGGUCAGCCAGUGACACGCAGGCACCGUCUGAACAUUACAGAGUGCACAGCGAAGGAGCUAAGUCUUCGUCUCCCCCGGUUUCUCUUCCAGGUAGUGGAAGACCUAAGAAGGUAUCUUCGGUCCCCAAGCUACCAGAAGUGCAACAACCAAAGUCGUUGUCUUUGCCGAGUUCUCCACAGAUGAUAAGACACGACGUUUGCCUGCUCGCUCCAAAGAGACACUCUUUCAACGCCAAGAAACGCAUGAAUAAAGGCAAAAUGUUCUGCGACGUCGACGUGGGGGACUGCAGCGAACGCGAGUUCUGUAGCGACGGGGUCUGCUACAGACUACCCAAACAAGGCCGGGCGAAACCAAAGCCGAGAGGAGGGGGCAGGAGACAAAGUGUAGCCGACGGCGUGCCUCAGAUAGUGACGUCAUUGGACACUAGCAGAGAGACGGACGAGUUUUGGUAUCUUCGCUACGUGUUAGAAGAUUCGCCCACCGAGGUUUAAUGAAAAUCCGCGUGCACGCGUUUUCAGAUAAAGUUUGUCCAAUAUAUUCUAUUUGUUAGCUGGAUA